AUGAAAAUACAAGAUGAGGUGUUAUUUCGUCCAGAAGAUAGAGAGUAUUCUAGUGAAACUUUUGGUAUUACUGGUGUUCGCCCAGUGUUUGUAGACCAUUCUGGGUUGGUUAUUUUGAUAUUGAUAAUCGUGGAAUUAUAUUCAAGUGGAACAAAGCAUGCAUUACAUGGAAAGAAAUCUUGCGAACCUCCUCUCUUAUCCAGAGAAUAUAUGUUGAUACCAAAAGUUUCACUAAAAGACUAUAUUAUGGGUGCAAUAAUGCUUCGUCUGUAUUUUCAUGGUACCCGCGAGGAUGAUUCAAUUGUUCCAUCAUUUCUGACAAUUCCGGCAGUUUUUGCAUUUGCAUGGUAG